AAAAUAUAUGUGAGCAAUUUGUAUUUGCUACAUUCUUGGAGACCUCAAGUCUUUGCCCUCCCUUUGGUAGCUCUUGAGAGCACUUCCUAAAUUCAUCGUCUUCUUAUUGAUCAAUAAUGUGCCGACAGCAGCAUCGCCAUGAAUAACACAGCAGAACUCCCAUCUAUUGCCGGCGAAACUUCGCUGUUAUCAAAAGCACCAUGGCUCUUAUAUCUAGAGCAAGAGCUUGUUCCAGAAUCUUUAAAUGAUUUCACCGGGGUGGAAGCUAAGAUACUAAGUCUCAUACGAGAUAUGCUCCUUUCCAUUGCAGCAAGCAACGUCGAGUCAAUUGUAGACAACGCCGUUCAGCAGAUCCAAAAGUGCUACAUAACAAACUACCUGAAGGAAGAGUCUCCAGAUAGACAGCAAACUGACCAUGGCGCGGAGGGCCUGCUGCAUAGCGUGUGCACGUUUGUGUUUGACCUUGCAAGUCAGCUUCCCUACGUCGAUGCUAAACACGAGGCUUUAGCACUCCUCUUAGUCGGGCUAAAAGCGAAUGCACCGAUGGAGUUUAACAACCAAAAUCCACAGCUUAUUUAUAUGAAUGGGCCGUUGCUGAUGGUAUCAGGCGAGGCAUGGAAUAAUUCCCAUGUUGGCGAUUACGCCGGAAAUGAUAGAGAUUUAAAAAAUAAUUGCAGCAAGUCCGUCAACGUUUCGGCCUUCAUUGCCCGGCUUUUGAAUGAAGGGAUGCUGGGUGCUGAUGGACUACACUGGGCGGGGCGUGAUCUCAUGGUUGGCCUUGAGACUGCCGAGUUUGAUUCCAAAGACCAGACUCAGGUUUGUCAGGCCACUAUUGCCGUAUUGUACAUCCUGCUUGCGGGUCGUCUAAUAGCUCAAGAAGUCAGACAGCCUACGGUAGAAUUAACCCAUCCAUUGACUCGAGGUAGAUGGACAAUCUGGGCAAGCCGCCUCGAAGAUAUUUCUCGCGCUGCUCCAGAUGAUGCCGAGUGGUGUCUUGGAUUGGAGGCCAAGAAGGCUCAUAAGGGAAUGGUCACGCUUUACUCGGAAAUCAUCCACGAGUAUUAAGAAUUUUUAGAAUCAAAAUAUAGUACAAUCCAUGUAAUAAAUGGUAGACUGACAAUCCAACGUUAGAGCUGUCAUGAGGUAUGCUUGAAAAGGAUUUCCU